AUGGGCAGUGGAGAGAAGAGUCUAAGAAAUUUCCAUCUGCACCUGCCUCACCUUCACCAUCAUCACCAUAGUCAUCAUGGUGGGAAGAAACAAGGGAUCAGAGAUGUUCCAAAAGGGUGCUUGGCAAUCAAGGUGGGCCAGGGUGAAGAGCAGCAGAGAUUUGUGGUGCCUGUGAUUUACUGCAAUCACCCACUCUUCAUUCAGCUCUUGAAGGAGGCUGAGGAGGAGUAUGGCUUUGAUCAGAAGGGCACCAUCACCAUCCCUUGCCACGUGGAGGAGUUUAGGUACGUCCAAGGCAUGAUUGAUAGGGAGAAGUCCCUCCACCACCCUCACCACCACCACCAUCAUCAUGUUGUUGGGUGCUUUAGGUUGGAAGAUGAUGGCAAAGAUGAUGUGAUGAUGAUGAAAAAAAGAUAA